AUGCUUGGUACCUUUCCUUUAUUUCUCGCGUUUGGCCUCACAGCAUCAAACACAACAUAUGCAGAAAGUGUUUGUGACUGUGAUGUAACAGAUAAAUGCGAUCUUUAUUGCUGUUGUGAUCGAGAUUGCGAUUCAGCUUCAAUUGAUAAGUUCAAAGAGCAAUUCUGCAUUCCAGAAAGUAAGAACCCAUUAAAGAAAAUAGUUUGUGACUCUAAUAAUCGUAUUGCGAAGUCACAUAAAAUUGAUACUUUUAUAUUAAAUGAUGAAAUUACAUGUUAUUAUGUCGACGUACCAUUAGAUUCAAGAAACAAAAUAGAAAACUACUCUCCAGAAGAUCUUGGCACUGAUUCAUUCGCUCAGUUUCUUCCAACAGUUGAAUUACCAAAUUCUAGUUCAAUUUCAGACAAUUCAGACUACCCACCAUAUAAAAACGAGUCAACAUCAAAUCUCCUUUACUCUCCAUUCGGAGUAGGCUCUUUAUCAUGCAAUUCUUUCAUUUUAGUACGCGAAAAUACAGAUUAUAACACUACAUGUGUCUUAUUAGAGUCUGAAAUUGCAAAUGGACCUCUUAUGAAUUUCGGAAAUGUCCUUUCAAACCAAUUUUGCGCAUAUACUGGACUUCAAGAUUGUUCAUCAGUUGCUGGCGUUUUCUUAACGAUUGGAAGCACUGGAAUUACUGGUUCUGCUACAACAUCCACUGCCACAGUUGAUUUCGUGUAUACUUCUCAAGCAGAUGCAGAAGAAGUUGCAACAAAAGGAUCUGGUUAUAUAUCAGGUCUUUACUUAUCAUCUGCAACACGAUUAGACUUAGAAACACCCAUUUACAAGUAUUUCAAGUUUAACGGCUAUAACGUUAAGUUUGGAGGUAUAAAUACAGCUUAUUACAACACAUCUAAUUCUCUUCAUUCAUCAGAUAUAUUCCUUUACACAAAUAUAUUCCCUACAUACGCCUCCUUCCCUGCAAGUGGCGUUUCUAAGUACGCUGCGAUAGAAAUGCCAGAAUUAAAUAUUUCUGCCGGAGAAAGUGGAAAGACAGUUAUAUAUUCCCUUCUCUUCAAGAAAUAUGGCUAUAAGACAGCAUUUUAUUACAGAUUUGUUAAUGUUACGAUGCAAAUUUUAGAUACUCCAGAAAAUCUCUAUCAUACAGUUCAAUUACGCCAAAUUGAACUAUCAGAUGAUGCGGAUUCUGAGUUGGAGGUAUUGGAUUCAACUCCUUACACUCCAAAGUUCUCAAAUAUCUUCCAAUUCUUAUUUGAUAACACAGAAGAAGUUGUUAGAACUAUUGGCAUUAUAUCUUUGUUCAUUAUUAUCAUUCUUGUAUGGUUAGACACUAUUUUUAAUCAAUAA